GGCCAUUCAUGGAACCAUCCCCGACGAAUUGAAGACCACCACACACAAGCCAGCCAGCUCUUACUCCCUUUUCCUACUAUACUGAUCAUCAGCUGACAUCAUCAGCUCGGAAACGGGACCCCGACGCACGAUGGCCGAGCAUCUUUCACAGAGCGAGCUUGACUAUCCGUUUAAACUACUCGAGUACUUCAACGGCUUCAGGGUGUCAAAGGUGAUCUUCUCCGCCUGCGAACUGGGCGUCUUCGACCUCUUGACGACGUCGCCGUGUGCCCUGAGCGCCCAGCAGGUAGCGCAGGCCUUGGACGCCAGCGUGGAUGGAACAGAGCGACUUCUGGACGCCCUGGUGGGCAUCAAGAUACUCCACGUGGAGUUGCAGGACGGGACAGCUCUUUACAGCAGCACCGAUGUGGCCAGCGUGUACUUGGCCAAAAGUGGCGCCAAGUCGUUGCACGACAUGGCGCUCUACCAGUCGCAAACCAUCUACCCACUGUGGAACAACCUGGCGGAUGCCGUCAGGGAAGGCAAGAAUCAGAACCAGAAAACCUUCGGCAUUCCACCCGAGGAGGUCUUCCAAGCCAUCUACAGGUCUGAGGAGGAGAUGCUGAAGUUCAUGGGUCUGAUGGACUCAUCCUGGGUGCUGGACGGACACGACGUGGUGACGGCAUUCUGCCUUGAUGGCUUCCGGAACAUCGUUGACUUUGGAGGCUGCACGGGUGCGCUGGCCCGCGAGUUAGCCAAGGCGUACCCUUCGUCCUCCGUCACCGUGUUUGACAUGCCGGCAGUGGUGGAAACGGCCACCCAGCGCUUCCUGCGGGAGAAUGACACCUUCACAUUCCAGAGCGGAGAUUUUUUCCACGGUGAACUUCCUGCUGCUGACUUGUACGUCCUGGCUCGCAUCCUCCACGACUGGUCGGAGGACAAAUGUCUGACACUUCUCAAGAGGAUCUACGACAUCUGCAAACCAGGGGGAGGUGUGCUGCUGGUGGAGGCCAUGUUGCUAGAGAGCCGGCGGGGCCCCAUCCAGGCGCAGCUCUUCUCGCUCAACAUGCUGGUGCAGGCAGAAGGCCGCGAGCGCCCGCCUUCCGAGUACACUGGGAUGCUCCGACGGAGUGGCUUCCGCGCCAUGCAGCUGUGCCGCACAGGGAAAUCCUACGACGCCAUCUUGGCUCGCAGAUAAGAACGCAGGAAAAAAUGGGUAAAGGAGCACAAUGAGAAAUGUUGCUCUUCCAAAUGCCAAAAUACCAUACAUGCAAUUGUCUAAAGCAUUGGUUCUUCACUUGGGUUUGAUCGAACCCUAGGGGUUCGGUGAGUCGGUCCCUGGGGUUUGGCAGAGCCUCCACUGCGGAGGUCCGAACACACCUGAUUUAUUGUGUAAAUUUGUGAUGACGCAUAUCUGAAUUGGUCUCGCAAAGGCAACAGCAGAAGUCACACUGAUUUGCAGGUAUGUAAUUUGUUGCGAGUUCAUGCAUUGUGUUGGUUUUGUUCUUUCAACAAGGUGAUGAUCAUGCACGACUCAUUUUGUGCACCAGUGAAAUACAUUUAUGUCUUGAAUUUGAAAAUAAUAAAAG